UCGGAGGAUGAGUCGGGAAGAGUUAAAAAGCACAGAUCGGCUGUGAAUGAUAAUCAUAGAUAUUGGAUAAACGCGCGCGCUCUUUCUCGCCGAUCCGAGACCAGGUCGCAGAUUGCGGCGGUAGAACGCUCCAAUUGACGGCUGAGGUCACGCUUGAUCGAGUGCAAUGAAAGGAGGAGUCCACGAGUAUAAUACACUUGAAACGUUCAUUCGCCAACGAGUCUUUUGUGACGAUCACGGCGAGGAUAGCGCACGGCGUGGUGCCUGCGCGCGCCCGCAGCCAGUGGAGAAGCCCCGGCAUUGAGCGGACGUUACGAACUAUCCGGCAAUACAAACGAGCUGGAUAAACUUAAAACUUAAUAAUUAGCAAAAUUAUAUCCUCCCACAAUAAUUUGAACAGCACAUCGCCACAAUAGCUGCGAUUAAGCUCUUCCAGGCCGUUACAUCUUUUCAUGGUUGGUCACCUACGGAGAACCGCGAUGUAAGUUCGUCGUAGUAAAAUUAAAUACCCAAUCAAUUGUCAUCAUACAUGUGACACGUCUGUAGUCGACGUGCUGAAGCUUGUAGGUGCAAACACGCCUCCCGUGCGAAAGCGAAGUAUGCGUCAAGGACGCUUUUGGAUAAAAAGGAGAGGACGGACUUCGAUUGGCAGCGAGACAGAUUUAAUUGCCGCGAGAUCGAUUGCACGGACUUUUGUGACGUGGGAUUACACAACACGCGGAAUUGCCGCGGCCGUAAUUAAAAGGCGAACGUCUUAUUUCGCGGCGGUAACACGCAACAUGUGUUUGGUGCUUGAUACGAGCGCGUAACGUUCGAAAUACCAAAAUUACCGCCUAGCUACGAGCCAGGAAGAGGUCGUUCUAUGACCGUUAAUUACUCGCUAUCGGAGUAUCGGACACACUUUACAUGGUUGCAAGCUGCAAUUAGCCGCGAGUAUGUUUACCGUCACGCUUCUUGCUCGCGUUAGCAACGUGCGCAAAUUGCAUAUUGCCAAUGCAAAUUCUUCCGAGUAUUUUAAACAAUAUAUCGAUCCCACGGAGUCUUCCCCGCGCUCUCGCCGACGAGAAUUUAUGAAGGGCAUUUAAUGCUACCUUGAACGAUCGAUUUCGACGCUGAAAACGGAAAUUUAAGACACCAUCGAGAUCAAAAUAGGAAUAAAUUAUAUUAUUAGAGUUGAAUCUGAAUUUAUUUUGCCAUCCUUAGUUCCUACUGUGUCGUGGAAUUAAAGAUUCUAUACAGGACCAAAAUUUCGACUCCGGGCUGACUGAGAAGAUUCAGUUGCAUGAAAACUCAGUCGAAACAGCUGAGAACAACUGACCGAGUAUGAACCUCCUACAGGAAUCUUUCUGUUCCCACAAUUGAAUUUUCAUCCGGUCUCCAAGUAACGGAAAAUUCAGUUACACCAACGAAGAUUUUUUUUCUUCAUGCUAGUAUCCUGCUUUCCCGACUUACUCGACUUCCUGACGUCGUCCGCGUGAUAUUUACCCGUGUAAUUCGCCGGCGAUUUCGAGGGAGCGCGCUCUCCUCACCAACUAAUUAUUAUUUCCCACUCCCUCGCACACUAAGAUCCACAUAAAUUCUCGUCGAUCCUACGCGGCUGCCACUUAAUAAGUUUAAGUAGACGAACGAGCAUUUUUUUUAAAACCACGAAAGACAGUGCACCGCAUGCGAAAUGGCAAGGGGCGACUUGGUCCUCAUCUGCGCCUCUUUGAUCGUCAUACAGCUCGUUGUCGUUUCCAGCGAAGACAUAGAUUAUACUACAAUUCACGAUGAGUUGAAGAAAUUGGCCGGAGGUAUGCGAAAAAAAUGCCUCGCUGAAAUCAGCGGCGUGACAAACGAGAUGCUAGUUGAGGCGGAACAGGGCGAAUUUCCGGACGACAAUAAUCUGGCGUGUUACUUCAAGUGUGUGAUGGAGAAAGGGGGAGUGCUGAAAAAAGACGGUAAGAUCAACUUCAAGGUUUUGAACAAGAUGAUGCCGCCAGCCUUUAAGAAGGUCGGAUCUGAGAUGCUUGACGAGUGUCGCGAAAUAAAUGGAAACGACAACUGCGAAUUAGCUUAUAACUUCAACAAGUGCAUGUUUAACGCAAAUCCUGUGGCGUACUUCGUCAUCUGAACGUUGACGAUUACUGUGCCGCAUCAGCAAGAGCUCAGUGCGUCACCUGUAAAUCUCCAAAUGUGCUGAGAAAAUAAAAUAAUUGAUGACCGAUCA